AUUGUAGUUUUAUAAAAAUGUGGAAAUACCGUGGUAUUUAUAAUGUGUUUUGUAUUGUAAUUGUUGUUGUAUGUGGACAUGAUUUUAAAAGUUUUGAUGAUACUGUUCUCUUUAAAAUUAAUUGGUCAGGCAAAGCUGGUUCAGAACUAUUAGAAUCUAGAACAAAUGUAGAACCAUAUUUUAUAACAACUGCAAAUAAUGAGCGGUAUCAAUGUUUGAUAGUUGAUAACUCCAAACAAGAAAAAAAUGAUAACGAACCAUAUAAUGGACCUAAUCCCAUAGAAAUUUUAUCACCACUAUUUAAUCAAGAUAUUUGUUCUUAUAGGCUUGAAUCUUACUGGUCAUAUGAAUUAUGCCAUGGACGAUAUGUACGUCAAUAUCACGAGGACAGAGAUGGAAAGAAAGUGAAAACGCAGGAAUAUUAUUUGGGUACUUUUGAUAAAUUGCAAGAAUUAAAGCUUUUGGCUGAAUACUCGGAACGAGAAAGAAGUCCUACUAGAAAAGCAGAGAUUCCUGUUAAAAAAGUUGAUGGAAUUAAUAUGCCUUAUGUUGAAAUUGAAAUGGGUGAUGGCACAGUUUGUGACUUAACAAACAAACCACGAAAAGUAAAAGUUUUAUAUGUCUGUUAUCAGCUUGGUAAACACGAAUUAUUUUCACUCGAAGAACCUUCUAGCUGUGAAUAUGAAGUUAUUGUCCUUUCUCCUGGGUUAUGUAGACAUCCUGACUAUAAACCACAGGCUACAGGAGAAAAUGAAAUUAAUUGUCAACCAGUUGGUAAUUCACCAAAAAAGCCAAGAUCUCUUGUUGCAAUGGAAAUAGAAAGUUCUAAACUUCGACAUCAGAAAGUAACGGAUGACAAGCUGCAGAAAGUCUAUGCGAUCUUCCAUGUAGAUAAGGAGGGCCAGGAUGGCGAAGCACGAGUUAGAGUUGAAAUACAUCCUGUCGAUGUUAUCGAUAAACAUAAUAAUAUUGAAGAUUCUAUAAAUUCAUUAGCAGAUCAAAACAUUAGUCCAAUCGAAGCGAGUCCUGUAAAAAAUUUUUUAAGCGGCAAAAAUUGUUUAUACGGUCGCAAUGGAUGGUGGAAAUAUGAAUUCUGCUAUGGACGUUUCGUAGUUCAAUAUCAUAUAGAACGCGAUGGUACAAAAACAAUAGUGAAUCUCGGUAAAUUCGAUAAGCAGAAACAUUUAGAAUGGAUCGCUGCUCAUCCGCAUAAAAAGUCAAAGUCUCCGGUACUACGGAAAGAACUUAUUCAUUUUUAUAGCGAUGGUACCAUUUGUGAUAAGACUGGCAAGUCAAGGCAAACAGAGGUAAAGUUAAAAUGCGUGGAGGGUACAUCGAGCAUUUCUCUAUUUCUGCUUGAACCAAAAACAUGCGAAUACGUUCUGGGAGUUGAAUCGCCAUUGAUCUGUGAUAUUUUAGAAUACGCAGAUGAGAAUGGACUUCUUAGUGAGAAGUUUGAAGCAAAUUUUGACAAAUUGAAAACUACCGCUUUUCACGAGUACGAUGAUUUGGACGAAAGGAUAGCAAACGGAGAUGAUUAAAAGUUUUCAUGUACCGUACGAUACAGCGGUGUUCCGCUAUAUGGCUGUGAUUGGAACUAUACAAGCAAAAAGUAUCGUGGAAUGAGCCACUUAAAAGAAACCUGUUCGAACUUUAAAUUUCAAUCUUCCGAAGUUCGCAAAUUCCUAACCAUAUAGCGAUAUUCCACUGUACUUGUAUAACCAUAGCAGCUGCUCAAAUCUAUCGUACUCUUUACGUAUCAACACGAAUCAUCGUGCAAUGGAGGUUGUAACGUAUGUAAGGUUUUUCACUCUGUAAGCUUUUGAAAAGAACAAUUAAAAUCGUUUUGACGUUAA